UCUUCGGUUCAACGACACACACACACACCAUCCAUCGCCUGGAACCUCACAGUUCCAUCUCAUUCUGCGACGACUCUCAGGGCCAGGGGUGGGCAGCCAUGAUGGCUUGUGCCCUCGCCGCCGUCCAGCCUGCAGCGGCUCUAGCGCCAUGCGGCAGGAGGAGCCUCUCCGGCCAUCUCCGACGGCUGCCGUCCCCCAGAAUUUCAGGUAGGAUCAUGAGCCGCAGCGUCGUUACGAAGGUCGCGCGGGACAGCUCGGAAUCGUCCGGGAGCGUUGUGAGAUACGUCAAGAGUUCUUUCAGCACUGCUGAAGACAUCUUUGCUCUAGCUGGAAUAGGUUUUGCAUCCGUAGCUGCAUUAUGGGCUUCAAUAAAUCUCGUUGAGAUCAUUGAUAAGCUCCCGGUUCUUCCUCUUUUCUUUGAAUUAAUCGGGAUUGUAGUUGCCUGGCUUUUCAUCUACAACAAUCUCCUCUUCAAGCCAAAGAGGCAAGAGUUUCUGGAGAACAUCAAAAGCACAAUAUCUCGAAUCUUGGGCCAGUAACUUUCGGACGCAACAGUGGACAACAGCACUGUGUUAUGGCCUUAUGGGCUCUCUAGUUUCUAGAGGCCUGGCGAGAUGUAAUGUUUAACUGCGUGCAUAUAUAUAAGGCGAGAAACGAGUGUUACCAUUUUUCACUCUAGAGGCAAAAUAACGAUUUUCUCUACAGGUUAGUGUGAUCAAAACCAUUCUCCUAGUAGCGAAA